AUGUUUGUGUCGAUGAUGGCGUUCAAUGCCCAGGUGUCUGAUCCGCGCGUUGGGGGCACGUACAUGACGUUGCUGAACACGUUGAACAACCUUGGGGGUAACUGGCCUGUUACUUUGGUGUUAUCGAUCACAGAUUGGUUCACGUGGAAGGACUGCGUUGUCAAGGGGACUAAAGAGGUGCUCUAA